GAUCCUCCCUCAGUUUCCACGGAGACGGCCUCCCUCUCUGUCGGCUCGUCAGGAUGGGAGAUAAAGGAACGAGAGUGUUUAAGAAGGCCAGUCCCAAUGGAAAGCUCACAGUCUAUCUGGGGAAGAGAGACUUUGUGGACCAGGUGGAUCUGGUGGAGCCUGUCGACGGCGUCAUCCUGAUCGACCCGGAGUACCUGAAGGAGAGGAAAGUGUUCGUGACUCUGACCUGUGCGUUCCGGUACGGUCGGGAGGACCUGGACGUCCUUGGGUUGACGUUUCGGAAAGACCUGUUUGUGGCAAACAUCCAGGCGUUUCCUCCCGUGCCCGAAGAGAAGAAGAGUCUGACUCGUCUUCAAGAACGCCUGAUCAAAAAACUGGGAGAACACGCACACCCGUUCACCUUCGAGAUCCCUCUGAACCUGCCGUGCUCCGUCACCCUGCAGCCGGGCCCCGAGGACACGGGGAAGGCCUGCGGCGUGGACUUCGAGGUGAAGUCUUUCUGUGCAGAGAACGUUGAGGAGAAGAUCCACAAGAGGAACUCUGUGCGUCUGGUGAUCAGGAAGGUUCAGUUUGCUCCGGAGAAGCCGGGCCCUCAGCCGACCGCAGAGACGACCCGACAGUUCCUGAUGUCGGACAAACCGCUGCACCUGGAGGCGUCCCUGGACAAAGAGAUUUAUUACCACGGAGAGCCGAUCAGCGUCAACGUCCACGUCACCAACAACACCAACAAGACGGUGAAGAAGAUGAAGAUCUCAGUGCGACAGUACGCAGAUAUCUGCCUCUUCAACACGGCGCAGUACAAAUGUCCGGUGGCCACCGAGGAGUCAGACGAUCUCGUUGCUCCCAGUUCGACGUUCUGCAAAGUUUUCACCCUAACUCCGUUUCUGGCCAGCAACCGGGAGAAGCGAGGCCUGGCUCUGGACGGGAAGCUGAAGCACGAGGACACCAACCUGGCCUCCAGCACACUGUUGAGAGAAGGAGCCAAUAAGGAGAUCCUCGGCAUCAUCGUGUCGUACAAAGUCAAAGUGAAGCUGGUCGUGUCUCGAGGCGGGCUCCUGGGAGAUCUGGCAGCGAGUGACGUCUCUGUGGAGCUGCCGUUCACGUUAAUGCACCCGAAGCCGCUAGAGGAGUCGUUCUACAGAGACGCUCCAGAUGAAGCUCCAAUCGACACAAACCUGAUCCAGUUCGACACAAACGACGAUGACAUCAUCUUCGAAGACUUCGCCCGCCAGCGACUGACCGCCGGAGCUAAUGACGACGAAGACGAGGAGCCUGUGGAUUCGCCAAAACUGGACGACAGAUAGAGCUGCUGUUGUUGUUGUUGUUGUUUGGCUGCUGUUUGUAGAGUCCGGAAAACCGUCCGGAAACCCUUUAAACACGAUCCCGUCCCGACGUCGUGUUUUCAGACGGAGCAGCUCGGCCGGCCGGGACUCGAACCGGCGGCCGCGGCGUCGUCGUCACGGCGGCCGGUAGCAUGCCUCUAAUGUCACUUUGUUCUACGUGUUUCCAUUAGGGAGCCGCAGGAGUAACGUUGUGUUGAGAUUAGUUUCGAUGUGUUGUAUCAGACGGUCCUCAUAGACACUGCCAGUGUUUCCCCACCGAGGAACACCUGAAGAAGAAGAAGCUUCCCAACGAAACACAACCGAAACUGUCCGAGAGGGAAGUGUGGCCUCGUUUGCAUGAAAUCCAUACUUAUUAUUAUUAUUUAUUAAUAUCAUGAAUAAUCAACCUUUAUAGAGGAAAGCCCUGAAACAAACAGAUCAUUCACCUGCGUCAUUAUGAACAUACAUCUGAGUCUUUCAUCUACCUCUCACAUUCACAAGAGAGAACAUUUUGAUAUUUCCCUGAUAUGCACAAUAACAACUACGAUGGCCGACGUGCUACAACGGCCCAAACAUUUCCAUCAGGAGAAACGUGCUGCAGCUUCAGAAAGGAUGCAGAUAUAAAAACCCAAAUGUUCCACACAAAGAAACAUUGUGUUUUGUUUGAGCUUCUUGCAGCGUUUGGUUUCUGCAGCUCUUGGUAAACGCUGCGCAUGUCUCCUCAAGUUGUUAUCAAGUCGCUGAAGAUGUUUCUUCAUGUGGAACAUUUGGGUUUCUAUAUCUGCAUCCUUUCUGAAGCUGCAGCGUGUUUCUCCUGAUGGAAGAGAUUUGGGCACGUUUGCAACUGUCGGCCUCUGUAGCAACUUGAAAAUGAAGAACAAUUAUUUUUGCUGAGAUUUAAGUUAUUAAUUUACAACAAAAAAAGUGCGGAGAAAAAUGUUCUCUCUUUAACUAAUCAACCACAGGAUAAAGAUUAAGAUUACAAAAUAAAACAUCCUCAUUGUUUCUCACAUUAUUUGAAUUGGCUUUAUUUUUGAAAGGGCCUGGAGAAAACCUAUAUAUUCCUAAAUAAAAAGGAUGUUUUUUUGGCAUUCUGACCUUUUUCUGAAGCAUCAACAAAUUGUAUUUCUGAAAAAAUCAGAACAUUUUACACUGUAGAGGAAAUGUCCAUAAGCACGACUUCAAACACACCUUCUGUACCUUCAGAUGUAAAUGAUCCAAUUAAAAUGAAUGCUGUAUUUAUCUUUUUAUAGUCUGAUCCUUGUUUCUACAGCCCGGAGUUCAUAUGUAACAUUUCUGCAUUAAAAUGUGUAA